AUGGAAGUACACCAAGAAUUAAACACCCUUGUUAGGAAUGGAGGAAGACAAAAGCAGAAUAGUGAAAAUGCCGAUGAUGAGAAAGGUAGUAACAAUAAUGAUAGCGUCAAUAACGAGGAAGACAGUAACAGUAAUACUGCUAGCACCAAUAAUGAGGAAGGUAUUAAAAGCGACGAAGGUGCUGACAGCGGUAAUAUAAAUGAGGCUGAACUAGAUAUUCUAGAAGUAUAUCGCUCAAGAUUCAAUAAUUAUCCUGCCAUGGACCUCCGGCUACAUUCAGAACUAUCCCUUUCCUUAGAUCAAGAAUUGCAAGAUAAAAUUCUACAUGAA